UGCGAAACCUACUUUCCAACUUGCUAAAUUUGCAAGCGUUCUAAUAUAAAAAACAUCCGCCAGUUCGCACAAUCUUUAAACUAAAAAAAAAAAAAAAAAUUGAUGAUUUUAUUUUAUUGUCAAAAUAGAAGUAUUUUGCCAAUUUAAAACAUAAAACGUUCAAAUCAUCAGUUUUCAAUCAAUUUGAAAAUCAUCCCAAUCAACGAGUCUGAUAAGGAAAAAUGUGGCGCCUUGAACAACCAAUGAUAACAAAAAUGUUUUGAAGAAAAUAAAGUAUCUAGUAAACAAUAAUUAAAACGUGUAAAUAUGAUCAAAGAAGAUAUUUUAUCUUGGGACGAGCCUUUAAUUUUCAAAGGUGCCUGCAAUAAUUGGCAAGUCGUUAAAUGGAAGGAAAAAGAAUGGAGAAACUUUCUGGGCAAAGGUGAACUUACAUACCCUUUAAGGAAAGGAAGUUUUGAAUGCAGCAGUGAACCCCAAUGGGAGAGGAAAUGUGCAGAAGAGAAAAUGACAAUGUCAAAUUUCCUUUCACUUUUCUUCAAACCGGAAGAGAAAGCCAAUAAAAAUUGGUUCUACUUCGAUUACAAGCACAUCGCCCAAUGGUUUGAAAAGAAUAUAGAACAAUUGGAUUUUUCGUGGGCGUGUGUAGGAUACCCUGAAAGAACUGCAAAGGAUUCAACGCUAUGGAUUGGAACAGAGGGUGCUCACACACCUUGUCAUAUUGAUACAUACGGUUGUAACUUUGUCGCCCAGUUGUAUGGACGAAAAACAUGGCUAUUAUUCAACCCUUCAGAGAUUGGCAGGCUGAGACCAACAAGAGUGCCAUAUGAAGAAUCUAGUAUUUACAGUGAUUUCAACUUUUUUUGUACGUGCAACGAAUUUCCAAACAUUAAUGAAGGUAAAAUAAUAACUCUUGAGCCAGGGGAUGUUCUCUAUGUUCCUAAAAGAUGGUGGCAUUUUGUGCAAAAUGAGAGCCCAGCUAUAAGUGUUAAUUCUUGGAUUCCUUUGGACUCCGAUAAUAAAUCAAGAGUAGAAGAAUCUUUGGUGAAACUAUUUAUUUCCAACCUGACAAAAAAUAUGGAUGAAGAAAAUAUCAAAACUGUUCUCAACCCAAAUGAAGAUGAUUUGACAGAUUUCACUUUUAAUUAUAGUUUAGAAGAGCUCAACUACUGUCUGCAGGAUGCAGGCGAGACUUCAAAAUUGACCAAAUCAAAUGCAAGUUGUUUAAACCAGUUCACAAUCAGAUCACGCAAAAAAGAAGAAAUUCAAAAUCUGUUUAAAAGCAAAUGUUUAAAACAGAAUGAACUAAAGGAUGCAGUUGAAAAAGACACAAUCGGUUGCAAAGAGAUAAUAAAUGCCUUUUGUCAUCCAGAUGUUAUAAGUUUAGUUUUUAAACAAAUAAAAGGUACAUAAGUA